GCUCGGUCUGCUUGGAGACUGGAGAGGAGUGGGAGAGGGAGGAGAGACCGAGCAGCACAGCAGCGGGCAAGCCACAAGCCCCGAAACCCAGAAAUAAAGGCGAACUUAGCUUGUAUACGCAAGAAAAAAUUACUUUGGUUUUUCACAUGGUGGUUCGUACACACCAGCGGACCGUUCCGGGGCUUAAGCGAUAACGCUGGACCGUUUGCGAAGACCACCCGAGGCGGCUGGAAACUGAAAAGGAAACAAAACAACAACAGUGGAAAAAAGACGGGGAUUACACCAACAGUGACAAUAAAACAACACUCCCCGACAAGUGGACUGCCUGGUGCUGGGGGAAAGAGACCGAACUUGGAAAACGGAAAAUUAACGGUGAUUUAUUUCUCCACUUGGGGUAUUUUAAAUAUUAAUUUCCAAAUAUCAUUUCUAGGUGAACUUUAAACUCAGGAAGCAAUGAAGACAUAGCGAACAAGUACUCAUCAAGUGUCUCGAAGCUGCUAGCCAUCCCGCUAGCUUGACUACUCUGCAGCUAGCGAGUGUGAGGUAAAGCUAACGCCUAUCAGUGCAGCCACAUAAGCUAAGUUAGCUCGUCAGCUAACGUUAGCUGGUUAGCUCAACGCGUUUUUGAGAAACUUUUGGUGUUGUUUUUCCGUAAGCCAAACAGUGAAGGAAUACUGCAAGAAAAGAGGGGAAGGGCAGGUUCCCUUCUGGGCUUUUUCCCCUCUACGUGUUUUCCUAAUAUGAUGGCUGCGGAGGUCAGCGGUGAGGAGACAGGCUCGGUCACGACAGGGGUGGCAGGCGGAGGAGGCCCGGAGACGGCCCAUUUCCCCUACUAUCCCAAGCCGAGAGUGCGAGUGAGUGAUUUGGGGCAAGGAACAGCACCAAACCUCCACCAACAUUCAAACACCUCCCCGGACUCGCCCCCUGACAUGAGCAUGAUCUAUCCCAUGUCUGGGGCAGAAAUGACCGGAUCAGUGUUGUCCGCAGCAGGGAGUGGCGGCGGCGGAGGAGGAGGUGGUGGACAGUCAGUUUUCCUAGGAGCAAGCUCAGGGACCGUGGGCGGCGUGUGCUGUUCUCCCACCUCGGAGGGCCCAGGUAUUCGGAUUUCACCCACUUCAACAGGCCAGGAUGGACACCCCGUCUUCCCCCCACUGCCUCCUCCUCCUCCUCCCCCUCCAGGCUAUGGUGUACUCGGCACCGUGGAUGAAAGCGACAUGCAAGAUGGACCGGAAUACGAGGAAGAGGAGGUGGUGUUCCCCCUGUCUGCACCGCCCACGAACCAGUGGUACCAUGGCAAGUUGGACCGGACCAUCGCUGAGGAGCGGCUGCGCCAGGCCCGGAACCCUGGCAGCUACCUCAUCAGGGAGAGCGACCGCCGGCCCGGUUCCUUUGUCCUGUCCUUCCUCAGCAUGACUAGUGUGGUCAACCACUUCAGGAUAAUCGCCAUGUGUGGAGACUAUUACAUCGGCGGGCGGAGGUUCUCAUCUCUGUCUGACCUGAUUGGUUACUACAGCUAUGUGUCUUGCCUGCUGAAAGGAGAAAAGCUGCUAUCGCCAGUGGCGCCCCCAGAGCCUGUAGAGGACAGGAGGAGAGUCAGGGCCAUACUUCCAUACACCAAAGUGCCAGAAACUGAUGAGAUCAGCUUCCUGAAAGGGGACAUGUUUAUCGUUCACAAUGAACUGGAUGAUGGCUGGAUGUGGGUGACUAAUGUUCGCACGGAGGAGCAGGGCCUCAUCGUGGAGGAUCUGGUAGAGGAGGUGGGGCGAGAGGAGGACCCACAUGAGGGCAAAGUCUGGUAUCAUGGAAAGAUCAGCAAGCAAGAGGCCUACAACCUGCUGAUGACAGUCGGCCAGGUGGGCAGUUUCCUUGUCCGGCCGUCAGACAACACACCUGGGGACUACUCCCUCUUUUUUCGCACCAAUGAAAAUAUCCAAAGGUUUAAGAUCUGCCCUACCCCCAACAAUCAGUACAUGAUGGGGGGGAGAUACUACAACAGUGUUGAUGGCAUUAUCGACCAUUACAAGAAAGAGCAGAUUGUUGAGGGCUACAACCUGAAAGAAGCUGUUUCCGUGCAGCACCAGGAACAAGUCCUCACUGACAUCGUGGAUGGAAGAGAAAUUUAUAACACUAUCAGACGGAAAACAAAAGAUGCUUUCUACAAAAACAUUGUCAAGAAAGGCUACCUCCUAUUCAACAAAGGCAAAGGAAAGAGAUGGAAGAACCUUUACUUCAUCCUGGAAGGCAAUGACGCCCAGCUUAUUUACUUUGAGAGCGAGAAGAGAGCCACCAAACCCAAAGGGCUGAUUGACCUAAGUGUGUGCUCCGUGUACGGUGUGCACGACAGUCUGUUUGGCAGGCCAAACUGUUUCCAGAUUGUGGUCCAGCACUUUAGUGAGGAACAGUACAUUUUCUACUUUGCGGGGGAGGUUCCCGAGCAGGCACAGGACUGGAUGAAAUGCCUUCAGACAUUCUGCAGUAACUUGAGGAAACCCACCCAGCCAACCUCUAACAAAAGACUAAGACAGGUGAGCAGCCUGGUGCUGUAUGUGGAGGAGGCCCACAAGCUGCCAGUGAAGCACUUCACCAACCCCUACUGUAACAUCUACCUGAACAGCGUCCAGGUGGCCAAGACGCACCCGAGGGAGGGCCAGAACCCUGUCUUCACUGAGGAGUUCAUCUUUGACGACUUGUCAAGUGACAUCAACAGAUUUGAAAUCAGCCUGAGCAACAAGACAAAGAAGAGCAAAGAAAGCGACAUAUUGUUCAUGCGCUGCCAGCUGAACCGUCUGCAGAAGGGCCAGAUGAUUGACGAGUGGUUUCCUCUCAGCUCCCACGUGCCUCUGAAGGGCAUCGAGCCGGGCUCCUUGCGUGUGCGCGCCCGCUACUCGAUGGAGAAGAUUAUGCCUGAGGAGGAGUACAACGAGUUCAAAGAGAUGAUCCUGCAGAAGGAGUUCCAUGUGAUCUAUGCCUUGGCCCAUGUGUGUGGUCAGGACCGCACCCUGCUAGCCAGCCUCCUGCUGCGGAUCUUCAGGCAUGAAAGAGCUGAAACCCCGCUACUCAGGACACUCAAUGACAGAGAGAUUAACAUGGAGGACGAGGCGACAACAUUGUUCAGGGCGACCACGCUGGCCAGCACGCUGAUGGAGCAGUACAUGAAGGCCACAGCCACACCAUUUGUCCACCACGCUCUCAAAGACACCAUUCUCAAGAUCAUGGAGAGCAAACAGUCCUGCGAGCUGAACCCUUCCAAACUGGAGAAAAACGAGGAUGUGAACCUGAACCUGACUCAUCUCCUCACCAUCCUGUCUGAACUGGUGGAGAAGAUCUUCAUGGCUGCUGAGAUCCUGCCACCGACACUGAGGUUCAUCUAUGGCUGUCUGCAGAAAUCAGUGCAGCAGAAAUGGCCCACCAACACCACCAUGAGGACCAGAGUCGUCAGUGGCUUUGUCUUCCUAAGACUGAUCUGUCCAGCUAUCCUCAACCCCCGAAUGUUCAACAUCAUCGCUGACCCUCCAUCCUCAACAGCGGGCAGGACCCUCACUCUGGUGGCUAAGUCUGUGCAGAACCUGGCCAACUUGGUGGAGUUUGGAGCCAAGGAGCCCUACAUGGAGGGUGUGAACCCUUUCAUCAAAAACAACAAACAUAGGAUGAUCAUGUUUCUGGAUGAGUUGGGGAACGUCCCUGACCUCCCUGAAGCCACAGAGCACUUUAGGACGGACCUGUCCCGGGACCUGGCCGCGCUGCACGAGGUCUGUGCCACACACUCAGACGAGCUCCGCACCCUGAGCAACGAGAGGGGAGCCCAGCAGCAUGUGUUGAAAAAGCUGCUGGCCAUCACAGAGCUCCUCCAGCAGAGGCAGGUUCACUAUGCCAUGUCCAACAGCAACAGGUAGUACUGCACACCUCCUCUCCUUCCAUCCCUCCGUCAAGUCUCCUCAUCCGGAGUGCAGCACACAGAGGGGACCCUAGCAUGCUCUAUCCUCAUCACCAUGGCAACCCCUCCUCCACCACCCUCCAUCAUCUCCUCCUCCGAUAGCCCCGCCCAUCCCCAUCCACUUGCCAUCUUGUCCCGUUUGCCACAAGAGAGCUAUGCAACAACAGCAGCCGAACACAACCGACGCAGUACUUAACAAAAACACAAAAACUUGCACCAGUGACUGACAGCUGUAUGCACAGGAAAAAAUGUUCUUUUCCCCUCAUAAACUGUGUUCAUGAUUCCAUGACUUGGGUACAUUUCAUUCCCCUCAUCACGAGGGCCAAAUAUUAUGAUUUCAGAAAGAAGCUUGUGUGUACCCACAUUGUGUUUUUGACAGCACAGGUUGCCAAAGUGUAUCUCCACUUCCUGCUCAAUACAAGGACAGUCAACUGACAUGAAGAAGCUAGUUCUCCCUGUCCCCUUUUCUUAUAACUGGAUUAUGAGCGAUAAUGCUUUUUAUACUGUAAUUAGUGACUGAUUUAUUUUAUGGUCGUGACAAUAUCCGCAAAGUGCUGAAACUAGCAUUUCUGUCUAUUUGUUCUUUUUCCUCCUUUUGUUUUCUAGAUUGGAAAAAAAAAAUCUUUCAGAAAGUAUGGUUAUUUUAUAUCAAGAAUAAAUUCUCUUGCUGGAAUCAUGAGUAUAUAAUUGAGAUAAGCUGAAUUUUUUUCUCCAAUUGUAUCAACUAUUUUUUUUUUGUUUGUUUUUGUUUUGUUUUGUUUUUUUGAUUGUUUGGUUCAGUCUUUCUUGAAACUUCUCAAUGCCAGACAAGACACAUAAUCAGAGAAACCAAGUUAAUGAAAGUGUUUACAGCAGUAAAUUUUUUCGAAUAGUACAGAUUGUAUCAGACAUGCAUGCACUUAUUAAAACGUUUUUUUUGUAAAGUAGAUAAUGGAGUCGUUCAUUGUCCCUAGACAAACGUGGAGAAAUCUGUGCACACAAUACCAUAGUACCUUUGUUUCCUCUUCCCAUACAUCUACUUUACAUAAUGAUAAAGUAUUAAUACCGAGGACUAUUUUUAGCUGCAGAAACUUCACGGCACAAUAAAAUUAUGUAGAAAAAUAUUUUUAUUCUUUUUACAGAAAGAAGGGAAACCAAGGACAUUUCACCUUAAUGUUAUCUGCAAAAGUAAAUAUCUGGCCUGCAUUUUUCUGAAAGACACACUCCACAUGUUUUCUAUACAACUUGGUCCUUUGUGUUUCAUUAACACAGACAGAUGAAUACUGCUAUUGAAAGUUUGGAUUCAAAACCAUAAAUACAAAUAAAUGUUCAUAGCAAGUCUUCAUCAGUCCACUCCUGGAAAGAAAAAAAGUCUGAUUAAUUGAUUUGUAUCAAAAAUGGACACCACUGCCAGGAGAAACACAUUCCUCCAAGACUGACGAGACAAAAUCAAUCUAAUCUUACUCAGUCUGGCCAGAUUAUCAGCCUUUAACGCAGAAUAUCAUCUCACCUCCUCUGUCAUGCGAGGUUCCUUUGCCACAUGACCGUCAUCUUCAUAUCCUCUUUUUCUUUUGCUGUAAUAUAGAGAUAUACGUUGUUAUGAGUAAAUCAUCAAAUGUUACUUUUAGCUCAAGCAUAGAGCAGCAUGUUUAGGUUCAAAUUGGUUUUGUAAAAGCUAUGAAAUUUGUGAAUCACAAGUUGUCUUUGCAAGCUGUAAUUGUUGGUGAACUCUGUUCCACAUGUUGUCUCCCUGAAUAACCAUCCCUCCCUUCAAGUCCAUUGUCAACAGCCAUCUAGGUACAGUAUGUGGCAUUUAGUUUCCACUACACCUUCAUGAUCAGUGCCAUUAGUAGUUGUAGUUUCAUAAGCAUCAUGUUUUGUGUUUAGUUGCUCUGUCAGUUCAAUGUGCAGUAGCUUCGUGUGGGCUGACAGCCUCUGAACAGCGAGUAUUUUCAUGCACACUCAUGACUUUAUCAGUGUAUGCCUUUUACCAACAUGUGCCCUUUAUCUUACAGGACAGAGUGCACCAUCAUGUCACUGGCUGCUGCCAUCCAGGUAAUGUGAAUUAAACUGAGCGGCACCUGAGAGUCAAAAAGCGGUUGACCACAGAGCCACCCAGCCAAAAGCCAGGCCUCUUCCUGGCGUGAAGCGCAGGACCGAAGACUUAAGUGAACUUGUAUUUCCGAGCAUGUAGCCUAGAUAUCUGGCAGUUCAAACGCAAUAUGGCUUGGGAGACUCGUUCUCUAUGGGCAUACUACUUGCUGCAGACCUGAAAACCGUCUUUCCAAAGCCCUUCCCAAAAUGCUUCAGACUCUGACAAUGUGUAAACUUGAACUAUGAUCAGACUUCGACAAGGGGCAUGGUCACGUUACCUUGAAGAAAUGGUUUCUGCAAAGAUGGACCUGAGAUACAGUCAACUGUUAGCUAGAGGGCAGCCACGCAGAUCUUUGAACUUGACCUUGACUUCCUUUAUUCUGGUACACCUGCCACUUGCUCUGAUGUCCGUGAUUGACAUGGAGGCAGGCAAAUGGGGCAUCCUGAUCUGGAGGAUGUUUUUUUUUUUUUUUUUUUUUUUUUUUAAGCCCCUUCGCUCCCUUGUCAACAAAGGAACUCUUGACAAAACCUACUCGGACAGUAGAGGAAAGGCGAUCCAAAGCAUUGAAGUAGCGUUAUUUGCCGUCAUCAGGGAAUUUUAACGUAGCACCUCUCUCCAAGACAACGCAAGCCUUAACUCCCUUUCUACACACCAACCUCUAGCCUACUCCACUUGACGUUACGACACAAGCUCUUCCUUGAAACCAUUACCAUUUACAACUUACACUGUCUUUGUGUAUGAAUUAACACAGCACCAGAACCACUUGUUAAUAUAUGUUUUUAUAUGCUGCUUUGCUUGUUGAUAUUACCUACUUAGGCUUGUAUGGAAGUAAAGGUGUUUCUGUAUGAUAGCUGAACAGAGUUGAAUGGUAGCAAACUUUGUAUGAUAGUCUUAACAGAGUUUGUAGAGGAUAUCUGUAACCUGUCCUGUGCAUGUGUUAACCCUAAACAGAAACUGCUAUAGUGUGUGGGCCUACAUAUAUGCUGCUCUAAGAAACGUCACAAAAGCUCCCUUUAAGCCUGGGGAUGUGAUCAAAAGCUUUCAUGUAUUUGCAGUCUCUCUCUCUCUCGCUCUUGCUAUCCUACCGCCAUUGGUGUUGUAGUACACCUCUGCACUGACCGUGUUCAUAUAGACUCAUCCUGAGAAGUCAUGCCAUGCACAGAUUUAUCAAGCUCCAAGUCAUAUGGGCUGGCCUUGACAUAAUAUCAUAUGACUGCUGCCUGAUGAUCCAAACGGCUGCAAAAAUGUCUGAAUCUGUGCCUGUCAUAGCUCAAGAGUUUACCAAACUGUUUACUGUAGAUGCACUUAAGAUACCACAGACCUCACCAACCUCACCAAGUGUUAACAGACAACUGGCGUACGAUGGAGAGAAUCAAGAAUGAUGUUUAAGCCUAAGUCUCCUCAUCAGCGAUACCAAUAUCAGCUGUGCUACUUAGUACGGACGAUGUGGGUAGGAAUGUGGUGUGCUGUUGUACUUCCUUUCUGUAUUUCAUAUAGCCGAUGAUGUGUUCCUUUUUUAUUUUUCUACCUGAUACUGAACCUUGAACCUUUUGCAUCUUAGAUACAACAACCUGGCAAAAAAAUAAACCUGUUAGAAAACUGUUGUA